AUGUUGAUCCUCCUCGUCCUCAGCUUAGCCACCCAGGCGCUGGCCCAGAGAAACUCGACGGAUUUGGUGGGGUGGCAGCUUGAUGGCGACGAUCGCUCAUCAUGGGAUAUUCUAUGGACGUGUCUCUCCACCAUUUUGGCGUGCACGUGGACUGCGAUGCAUCUCCAGUACCAGAGAAAUGAUAACUCCCACAUCGGGAUGGGCCGUAUAGGGAAAACUUUUGCAUGGAUUACCGCCAUGCUGGCACCGGAGCUGAUGGCUAUUAUGGCAGUGCAAGAAUAUUGGGAAGUGAAACUGGUGCUUGCGCGCUGCAAUGCUGCCCAGUCGGCAUAUUUCCGGGGGCAGAAAGCUUUCUCAUUAGAGCCAAUCGCAGAGAAUACCACUCGCAAAGACGAGGAGGAACCGGGGCCGACACAGGCACCCGCAGAGGCUACUAAAGACAGUGACAAAGACGUUUCAGAGCAGGCCGUGCCAGAUGCAACAGAGCCAUCGGCACAGGGUUUUCGACGUUGGAAAAUGGCCCAAGGGUUCUAUAUUCUAAUGGGUGGAUUUGUUCUACAAACCAAAGACUACUGGGUCUACACCGUGCGGUCCGAAAAUGUCGUCAACCUCAUCCAAGCAGGAGUCAUCAAGCCAUCCGACUUGAAGAAAAGCGAUAUCAAAGAUCGAGACAAGUCCGACCCGAUUUCAAAAGCCUUCAGCCUCCUCCAAAGUACAUGGGUGGCAAUUAACGUCAUUGCCAGACGGGUAUAUGACUUACCCAUCUCGCUUCUAGAGCUCUCAACCGCGGCCUAUGUGGCCUGCGCCUUGGUCACUUACUUGGCUUGGUGGAAUAAGCCCAAGGAUGUGGACACCUUCAUCACACUCCACCUGCCCUAUGAGUAUGACAGUAACGAGAUGCCAUCUCAAUUGCGCAAUACUGAAAAGAGAGAUUGGCUGCAUAUGCCGCCGCUACUCAAGGACGACGCCGAGUCCGAGGAUGACAGUGAACCUUGGAAACGGGCAGCCUUUAUUGCGCUGUGCAAGGACCCAAUUGGGUUCUGGAAAGCAUUCAAAAAGGAAUACAAGGAGAUCCGUGCCCGAGGAGCAAACAACCAGACGGAGUUAGAUCCCGCGGCGGAGAAUUCGGACCCUUCAGCCGAGAACACGGAGACAUAUGAGAAUGACGAAUAUCGUUUUAAAGAGCAAAUCACAGUCAAGGAACAAUUCACACUUGAUAUGCUCGCAUUCAUGGCCGCACUGAUGUUCUGCGGUAUUCAUAUCGCGGCGUGA